AAAAAUCUAAACUCAGAAUUUCUGAUUCUCAAGGAAACACGAUUAAAGCCUACUCAACCCUUCACUAAUUCUCGCCCCAUUUUCUUUUUUUCGCCUACAAUUCAUUCUCGCCUGUUUGUUAACUCCUCUCUCUCAGAAGUAAGCAAUUGAAACAAUAGAAACUGACAACCUCGCCAUUCUCGCCAUUCUCUUCGAUUCAACAAAGCAAUUUUUUGAUUUGGCAAUCCUCUAAUUGAUGUAUUGUACUCUUCAACUUCAGAAUUUGUAAAAUACUGCAUCUCAAACCCUUCUACAUGAUAUUCAAAUCAUGAAUCAAAAAGUAAGAACCGAGUGAAUUACAAAUCCAAAAUCCGAAGCUUUUCGAAAAAGAUCACAAUCCAUUGAUGGCAACUGUAAUCCAUCCUCACAAAUUUCCAAUUCCAAAAGAAUUAACAGCAACCGGGAAUCAUCUCUUAAAGCUUCAACGCCAUAGGCGUUCGCGGCUUCAACCAAAAGCUUCUUGGCAAGAGCUGGCAGGAGUUGUGAUAUUCUCAGCAAUUCCUUUUACGACUGUUAAAGUCAUAGCCAAUAGUCCUCUUGGUGAAAGACUUCAAAGACGUUUAUCGGAGCAGAAAUCAGUUGCUGUUCAAAAAUCAAUUCAACGCAAUAAAAUUGCCCAAUUGGCGCGAAAUAACAGCCACUGGUAUGGAGGAAAUCGUCCUAGAUGGCUUGGUCCAAUACCUUUUGAAUAUCCGUCCUAUCUAACAGGACAGCUUCCUGGAGACUAUGGCUUUGAUCUUGCAGCUUUAGGAAAGGAUGCUGCGGCCUUGCAAAAAUAUUACAACUUUGAAAUACUCCAUGCUCGUUGGGCUAUGCUUGGGGCUCUUGGUGCUUUGAUUCCAGAAAUAUUAGAUCUUAGUGGAGCUUUUCACUUUGUUGAACCCGUCUGGUGGCGAGUUGGUUACUCAAAACUUCAGGGUGAGACAAUUGACUAUCUUGGCAUUCCAGGACUCCACCUAGCAGGCAGCCAAGGAGUAAUUGUAAUAGCCAUAUGUCAAGUUCUUCUCAUGGUCGGACCAGAGUAUGCACGAUAUUGUGGAAUUGAAGCCUUAGAACCUCUGGGUAUCUUCUUACCUGGUAAUAUUAAUUAUCCAGGAGGAGUUCUUUUUGAUCCCCUAAAUCUAAGUGAAGACCCUGUGGCUUUUGAGGAUCUAAAAGUGAAGGAAAUAAAAAAUGGCCGGUUAGCGAUGGUGGCUUGGUUAGGCUUCUUUAUUCAAGCAGCAGUAACUGGAAAAGGACCCAUUGAAAACCUUGUUGAUCACAUCUCUGAUCCAUUACACAAUAACUUGCUCUCACUCAUUAUGCAACUGUUUACGACUUUUAAUAGCAUCAUCCGUUGACUUCUAUCUGUACUAUCAACCACAUCAUAAUUGACGUGAAUUUGUGUUGCACAUUUCUUAAAUGUUGGGUAAUGACAGAAGACUGCUAGACCCUCUUCUCAUGAAAAUUUUUCAUCUUGUGUUAGAUGAUAUUGACCAUAAUUUUCAGCUUAUAUUCAGAUGUAAGAAGUUUGUUGUUAAUGUGACUUGAGUCUAUAUAGAUAUACUCAAUUUGUUUGAACAUGGAACGUUUCCAUGACAAGAUUUCAAAGAAGAGUUUGUCCUUGAACUAGCCAUUCUUUGACACAUGCUUUAUGAUCAAGAAUUAUGGUUAUAUUGGUGAAAGCAUUGGAAGUUAUUGAAACAUUUGUUGAAUGCCAAAACCUUUAUUGUUGUCAAGCUUAGGGAAGACAAAAGAUGCUUGAAUCUUUUUUCUUGGACAAUUUUGAAACAUGGGCAUUUGUGUUUGAAGCAAUCAUGUGAAAGCAGAGAAAGUCGGCUUGCUAUGCACUCGAUCGAGCAUAGAAGGAAAUCAAAGACUUCGGUUUUGAUUAAGGUUGCUCGAUCUACUGCUUUUUCAAAGUUCACCACAAUGUUGCUGCCCCUUUUACUUCUUUGCCUAUAAAUAUACCACCAUGUACUUAUUGUAUCUUAAUCCAAGCUUGGCUUGAAGGCUUAAACUUCUUUGUAUACCUCUAUAGUUUAUUUUCAUGCUCAUUAUGUAAGAUAUGUGAUUCUCUCUUCCUCUAUUUAUUUUCCAAUUCUUAAUAAUGCAAUUUUUUCA